AUGGGUUUCUUUAACAAGCGCAACACGACGCCUGUCGCCGCAGACACUACAACGGCAACUGGUGCUCACGAGAAGCGGACUAGACCCAGGCGUUCAUCCAAGGGCGGCUCAUCGUCCUACAACAGCAGACCUGGAUUUGGAUCAUGGCUCAAGGCUACCUGGCUCGAUAUCCUGACUAUGGCUCUCAUGGGCGCUGUCGGUCUUGGUGUUUACUUCGCUGACCCAGCACCAAGCCGCAGCUUCCCCAUCAUCUUCCAAGAUGGUGAGAUUGUCUAUCCCCAGUUCGCUUACCCUAUGCGUAACGAGAUCGUUCCGAUUUGGGCUGCUGCUCUGAUGGCUUUCUUCAUUCCCUUUGCUGUCUUCCUGAUCGUUCAAAUCCGCGCUCGCAGCUUCUGGGACAUCAACAACGCAACCAUCGGUCUGCUCUACGCCUUGAUCACUGCCGCUGUCUUUCAAGUCUUCGUCAAGUGGCUUAUUGGUGGUUUGCGCCCUCACUUCCUUGCUGUCUGCAAGCCUGUCAUCCCUGCCGAACUUCUCCCGACCGUCGGCACCAACGACAAUGGCGUUGACGCUGGUAGCGGCUACGGUAACGUCGCAAAUGGAUACCGCCAGAUCAUGUUCGACCGCAGCAUCUGCACGGGUGACAGGAAGGAGAUCAACGACAGUCUCGAGUCCAUGCCCUCUGGUCACACCACGGCUGCCUUCGCUGGAUUUGUCUACCUGUAUCUGUACCUCAACGCCAAGUUGAAGGUCUUCUCCAACCAUCACCCGGCUAUGUGGAAGCUCAUCGCUCUUUACGCACCUAUUCUUGGAGCCUGCUUGAUCGGCGGUGCCCUGACCAUCGACGAAUACCACAACUGGUACGACAUCCUUGCUGGAGCCGUCAUUGGCACCUUCAUGGCUUUCAGCGCCUACCGCAUGACCUACGCCUCAGUCUGGGACUUUCGCUUCAACCAUAUCCCUCUCAUGCGUCACGCUCCUUUCGUCUAUGGCGCCGGCCCAAGCUCUUUCGAUGGAUUCCACGAUGCCGUCUUCACUCGCAAGGCCGGAUGGGGUACAAUUGAGGGAACUAGCUGGGGCGGUGCGCCGUUCGAUGCUGCAGAUGGUCCUAGGGGUACCAUGAUGCCACACCCUGACGGCCCUGCUCAUGGCCACCACGGCAGUGCCUCGAGCCGUGUUCAGAGGAAACCUGUCGGUGCCGACAGGCAUGGUGAGCAGAUGGUCUAA